AAAGAAAUCAUUUUCGUCCCAACGCGAAAAAAAAGGAAAAGCUCUCGACGACAGGCGAUUUCGAUACGAAGAUGCCUAAUUCGCACAAACCUCAUUUCUUGAAGCCUCUGCUUCCCGAUUUCCACAGUGGCGUGACAAUACCACUUGGCUUCUUCUCACAACACAUAGAAGGGAAGACAAACCGGAAAACAUGGAAACUAAGAUCGGACGCUACAGAUCAAACUUGGGAAGUGAUACAAGAAGGCAGGAGACUCACCGGAGGUUGGAAAGAUUUCACCACAGCACAUGACCUUCAAAUCGGUGACAUUGUCAUCUUCAAACACGAAGGAGAUAUGGUGUUUCAUGUCACACCAUUUGGUCCUAGCUGUUGUGAGAUUCAGUAUACACAUCCUCACAUCAUCAAGGAAGAAGCCGAUGCGGAUGAUGUUCCUUCUUUCUCAUUUGACUAUUGUUUUCAGGCUGAGGUCACUGCUUCGAAUCUAAAAGAAGACAAACUUUAUCUUCCUGAGGGAGCUACGACUUGUACUGCUUUGAACAAACAAUGCCAAGAGAUAAUACUUGUCAACAAAGAGGGAAAUUCAUGGACUGUGAGUUUGCGAUUUAGCGAAGCAGACGGCAUGUAUUACAUCAGAAGAGGCUGGAGAAAGUUCUGUCGUGCUAACAGAUGCGCCAUAGGAGACUUAUUUGUGUUCAAUGUGGUUGGAGAUGGGAAAACUACUCCACUAAUGUGUGUAUGUCCGGAAAGGGAAGAGUGAUUUUGAACCUAAACUUAUGUAUGUCGAACCAGAAAUUUAUGUAUGUCUCUUUUUAUGGCUGACUAAUACUCAUAUAAUGGCUGGGUUAUUGUUUGAUUAUGACUUAAUUAACGUAACGGCUGAGUUGCAGUGAACGUUAUAACUGAGUUAUUAAAACGUUAUGACUGACGAAUACUCGUAUUAUGGCUGGGUUAUUGUUUGAUAGUGACUUAAUUAACGUACCGGCUGAAUUGCAGUUAACGUUAUAACUGAGUUAUUAAAACGUUAUGACUGACGAAUACUCGUAUUAUGGCUGGGUUAUUGUUUGAUAGUGACUUAAUUAACGUACCGGCUGAAUUGCAGUUAACGUUAUAACUGAGUUAUUAAAACGUUAUGACUGACGAAUACUCGUAUUAUGGCUGGGUUAUUGUUUGAUAUGAAUUAAUUAACAUAACGGCUGAAUUGCAGUUAACGUUAUAACUGAGUUAUUAAAACGUUAUGACUGACGAAUACUCGUAUUAUGGCUGGGUUAUUGUUUGAUUAUGAAUUAAUUAACGUACUGGCUGAGUUGCAUUGAACUUAAUAGCUGAGUUACUAAAAACAUUGCGUCUAAAUUAUGAUUACAACACAUGACUACGCAAAGAAAUAGUGCCAAAAUAUGGCCAUACCAAACCCACAAACCACCACUGGAAACAUCAAACACUUCAUCUUUUCCGCUUUACCGAGUUCUUUCUCCAACCGACCAACGUCUACUCUCAGAUCUGAUAUGCCUUUGGUCAUGUCACUCAUCACCGAUUUCAUAUCUUCUACCUCUUCCACCAAGCACUCGUCCGCCCAUUUGAAUAAAUGUCUCUGAUUUCACCAACAUGCCCAGCUCUUAGUAUCACAUUGACAGUAUAAUGAAUAAAAUUAAAAAUCAAACCUUAAUAUAUCCUUUGCGACAGCAAUAGUACAGUCGUCCUGGAUUAGCCCGUGAUGCAGAUGUACAUAAUUCAGCGGGUUCACCACACCAACACUGUUUCGGCGUUCCUCUUUCCACAUGCCGGCGGUGAAAGUAAGUGUUACCAGACACAGAUGAUGAAGAAGACAUUUUCUUUGAAUGAAAGAGAAAUUGGUGUGAAAGACAAAGUUAAAACAAUAGUGGUAGUAAUAUAAAAUCAUUUUUUU